GUUUCGGCCGGUCCGUCGCCGGGAGGGUCCGGUCGGAAACACUUCCGGCUUGGCCCCGUUGGCGCUGGGCGAAGGGGAGGCGGAGAGCGGAGACCGAGGGAAGCAGGCGGGUCUUUCCAGCCGAGCUGCCGGACGCAAUUCGCGGGAUGGAACCCCAGGGCUCUGCCAGGCUGAAUUCCAGGAAAAGGAGAAAAGAAGGGGUGGGCCCCAACGGGGCGGCCGAAGCGGAUGGCAUCCCCUCCAAAAUGCCACGGAACUGCUUGGGUCUCAGGGAGCCGGCUCCAUUUUCCGAUGAGCUUGAAGUGGACUACAGCAAGCCAUACACCCGAGUAACGUUUGAUGAAGCAUUAAGGGGGACGCCGUUGGACAGACCAGUCAGGGUUUACGCCGACGGAAUAUUUGACCUUUUCCACUCUGGGCAUGCACGGGCCUUGAUGCAGGCGAAAAACCUCUUCCCGAACACGUACCUGAUUGUAGGGGUCUGCAGCGACGAGCUGACGCACAACUUCAAGGGCUUCACGGUGAUGAACGAGGCCGAGCGCUACGACGCCGUGCAGCACUGCCGCUACGUGGACGAGGUGGUGAGGAACGCCCCGUGGACCCUGACGCCCGAGUUCUUGGCUGAGCACAGGAUCGACUUUGUUGCCCACGACGACAUCCCUUAUUCCUCUGCCGGCAGCGACGAUGUCUACAAGCACAUUAAAGAAGCAGGAAUGUUCGCGCCGACUCAGAGAACCGAAGGGAUCUCCACGUCGGAUAUCAUCACUCGCAUCGUCCGCGACUACGACGUCUACGCCCGGCGGAACCUGCAGAGAGGCUACACGGCUAAGGAGCUCAACGUCAGCUUCAUCAACGAGAAGAAGUACCACUUGCAAGAGCGCGUGGACAAAGUGAAGAAGAGGGUGAAGGACGUCGAGGAGAAGUCCAAGGAGUUUGUGCAGAAAGUGGAGGAGAAAAGCAUCGACCUCAUCCAGAAAUGGGAGGAGAAGUCCCGCGAGUUCAUUGGCAACUUCCUGGAGAUGUUUGGCCCCGAAGGAGCUCUGAAGCACAUGCUGAAGGAGGGCAAGGGGCGUAUGCUGCAGGCCAUCAGCCCCAAGCAGAGCCCCAGCAGCAGCCCCACCCAUGACCGCUCGCCCUCCCCUUCCUUCCGCUGGCCCUUCACCGCCCGGACGCCCCCCUCGUCUCCGGCCAACGUCCCCAGGAACAAGUCGGCGGUGGCCUACGACAUCAGCGAGGACGAGGAGGACUAGAGACCCUGGGCCCCGUGGGGAUUUCUGCAAAUGCUGCUUCCUCGAGGAGUCCCGCCUCCAGGCAUGAAGAGAACCGCUGAUGAUGAUGAGCUCCAGAGAGCGAGCGCCUCCCCCCAACCCGCCGCCCGAGGGCUGGGUCUGCCGUAGCAGCCCACCCAGGGGGCAUCCUCUUCCUCCUCUCUCGCUGAGGACUAGUGCCUUGGGGAGUGGGGCGCAUUGUUGCGUUUGAACGCCUUCCCCACUUCCCCUUUCAUUGGUUAUUUGCUGUCUUGUUUCUUGGGGGAAACGGGGGGCGGGGAGGGGGCUCUUAUUUUAAAAGCAGGUG